UUUCUUGUUCUAUAUAAUUGAUCAACGUCGAAAAAAUUAUUUUUUUUGCCCUUAAUAAUGUCUGCGACAUUUGCGAAAGCAGGCUCUUGGGAUACUUUAGAGCCUAAAUUGAGUCCUUUUAUUUUGGAAACUUUAGCGACUUUAGGAUUUUCAGAAAUGACCCCUGUUCAAGCAAGUGCUAUUCCAUUGUUUAUGAAAAAUAAAGACGUAGUGAUUGAGGCUGUAACGGGCUCCGGUAAAACUCUUUCAUUUGUUAUUCCAAUAAUCGAAAAAUUAACUCGAAAAAAACGACUAGCAAAAAAUGAAAUAGGUGCUAUCGUUAUUACUCCAACAAGAGAACUUGCACAACAAAUAUCUUCAGUAUUUUCUAUAUUUCUCAAAGAUCCCUCUUUACCAAAACACGCACUUAUCAUCGGGGGUACCACUACACUUCAUGACGAUAUUGCUGAGUUUAAAGAAUUGGGCCCGGAUAUUCUUAUUGGGACACCGGGACGACUGCGGGAUUUAUUAAUUGGAAAAGGAAGCGAAAAAAGUGUGGUAAAUACUAAAGAACUAGAAAUACUAGUAUUAGAUGAAGCUGAUAGAUUAUUAGAUAUGGGAUUCUCGCAAACGUUAGAUAAUAUCAUUACACAUUUACCAAAACAAAGACGAACAGGAUUAUUUUCUGCGACAAUGACCGAUUCUAUUUCUGAGAUCGUUCGUGUAGGAUUAAGAAACCCAGUGAAAGUUGUUGUUAAAGUUGAAGAUAUUAUCUCAAAGGAUGAACAAAGGACACCGUUAACAUUGGAUAUCGGAUGUAUAGUAUGUGAACCACACCAAAAAUUAGCUCAGCUGAUACGAAUAAUAAACCGUGAAAAAACUACAAAAAAAUGUAUUGUCUAUUAUGCUACUUGUGCUUGUGUUGAUUAUUUUUAUAAAAUAUUAACAAAAUUGUCACAAUUAAAAGGAAUAUCUAUCCAUUCGCUACAUGGAAAAAUGGAUACAAAGAGACGAACAGCUACCUAUCAGUCAUUUAUUAACCUUCCGACAACAUCAAAGGCUCUUUUAUUGUGUACCGAUGUUGCCGCAAGAGGGUUAGAUAUGCCUGACGUUGAUUUCAUUAUACAAAUGGAUCCACCACAAGACCCAAAAGUUUUUUCCCAUCGUUGCGGUAGAACCGCAAGAGCUGGAAAAAAAGGAAAAGCUAUCUUAUUAUUGGUUAAAGGAAGGGAAGAAGUUUACGUAGAUUUUUUAAAAAUCCGAAAAAUUCCCGUACGGCUUCUUUCUUAUAUUUUAUCUGAUAAUAGUAAUACCAUUGUAACGCAAGAUACUAUCGAUGAAGAAAAUGAUAGUCUCUUGAAACAAGUUCAGGACAUUGUUUUAGCGGAUCGAGAUUUACAUGAUAAGGGCACGAAAGCCUUCGUUUCGUACGUUCGUUUCUAUACAAAACAUGACGCUAGUUACAUAUUUCGCUUGAAAGAUUUAGAUCUGGGUAAAGUUGCUAAAGGUUACGGUCUAUUACGGUUACCGAAAAUGCCCGAAUUAAAAGAUUACAAAAUUAAUGACUUUGAAGAAAACUCCGUAAAUAUGGAUGAAUAUAAAUAUGCUGAUAAAUCACGCGAAAAAAAGAGAAGGCAAAAGUUAAUAGAGGAAAAACUAAGAUAUGCCACGCAAUCAGAUAAGAUACAUAAACGUCGACAACUUCCAAAGGGUUCUUGGUCUGCUAAGAAAUUAGCAAAGCAGCGCAAAGCGGAACGUAAAUUUAAGAAAGCCAAAAAGAAAGAAUUUCUUAAAAAAAGAAAUGCUGAUGAUAUGAUUGACGAUGAAUGGAAAGAAUUACAAAAAGAAGAACGAUUAGCAAAGAAGUUAAAAAAGGGAAAAAUCAAAAAAGAGGAAUUUGAAAAAAGAAAUAACGAGUUAGAUUAGCUACCUAGUUCUAGUCGUAAAUUCAACACGGUCGUGUGACCGUUAAACGUUGUCCGCAUAUUUAUUGACGCAAUGUAGACCUACAGAGAAGUGUCUUAUGAUGUUACCUAGUAAAUAAACUAAAUCACAUGAUUUUAAUUAAUUAAACUCUAAAGAGAUUGUCGAUACUACGAUGCUACCAUAUUUUGGUUAACAAAUAAACAUUAUAAGGAUCUACAAUUUUUUUUUAUUUUUGGCGG